ACUAACCGAAGAGUGGUUUGUAACCUUGACCUUUCAAUGACAAAAUAAAUUCGUUAAAAUGUCAAAAUAUCUCGAAAAGCUUCGUAAUUGUCGUCUUGCUAUCAAACAGAAUGGAGGUAUCAUAGGAGCCUAUUUACAACUCUUUCGAACUGACGAAUUGAAAUAUGGAAAUCAUAUUGGAACAGACAAAUAUGGGAAUAAAUAUUAUGAAAAUAAAUCCUACUUUGUGGCUAGAAGUAGAUGGAUAGAUUAUGCUCCUAAAUAUGGUUAUGAUUUUGAUGGCAGUCAAGUACCGGCUGAUUGGCAUCGAUGGUUACAUUAUAUGACCGAUGAUCCUCCAACUAAAGUGAAGCCUUGUCCAGAUAGAGAAUGGAUGACUGAUCAUGAAGAAAAUUUAUCUGGAACGACCGGCCAAUAUGUACCAUACAGCACUGUUACACCUAAAAUUCACAGUUGGAACCCUCCUAAAAACAACUAAUUUGUUUUUUAAAUAAAUAUAUGGUAAAUAGACAAUAAUUCACUCUUAAAAAGUUUUUCCAACUCUCGUCAAUAUUAAUCAAAUUGAUAGUUUUUGUCGUACGAUUUCUCCCAUGAAUUUCAGUAGAACAAUUGUUUUUUCCCAAAAUUUAGAACGUUAAAAUUUUCCAACUCAAAAAAAUUAAUUAUACUAAAAACGUUUCU